CAGUGGUAUUCUAGUCCCCCACGUCUUUAUAUAAGAUCAAGCUGCCCCCUCCGCUCCUAGUCAGACCCUUUUCUCUCCCGAGAAAAGCACAGAAGAAAGAAAGAAGAAGCAACAGCCGGCAUUUCACACCAGCAUCAACCAUGGCCAUGGCUUUCAAGAUGGCGACGACGGGGAUGUGGGUCGCCGACGAGUGCAAGAGCUCGUUCAUGGAGAUGAAGUGGAAGAAGGUUCACCGCUUCAUCGUGUUCAAGAUCGACGAGAAGUCGAGGCUGGUCACCGUUGACAAGGUGGGCGGGCCCGGGGAGGGCUUCGACGAGCUGGCCGCCUCCCUCCCGAACGACGACUGCCGGUACGCCGUCUUCGACUUCGACUUCGUCACCGUCGACAACUGCCGGAAGAGCAAGAUCUUCUUCAUUGCAUGGUCACCGACAGCAUCGAGGAUCAGAGCAAAGAUGCUGUACGCGACUUCCAAAGCCGGGCUGAGGAGGGCGCUGGAGGGUGUCCAUUACGAGCUUCAGGCGACCGACCCGACCGAGAUGGGCUUCGAUGUGAUCCAGGACCGGGCCAAGUAGAUCCGACCCGACACGGCCCGACCCGGCCCGCAUCAGUUCACCUUAAUCAUGCGACGAUGAUGUCGUGUCCCCAUCUCACCCUUUUUCGGGCCCCUCCCUCCCCCACUUCUCUUAUUUAAUAACUCCAAGUAGAUGCGUUUCAUUUCCCCUGAUGUUUACCUCUUACCUUGCACUAAUGUAAGUUGUGCCCCCACCCCCCCACAUCUAAUCUCGUAAUAAGGAUUUCGCUAAUGGCAUCCGGCAACCUAACGACGAAAAAGCUCAUCUUUGUUAUAAAUAUUUGACUGAUUAUCGGAAGUGACACGCUUUCUCGA